UGCUUUCCUGCGGCGUGGGCUCCUCCCCCUGUGCAGACCGCCAGGGGAGACGGUGCGGGCGGCCGGGAGCGCAGCCACCCGGGGAGGCGGGCCAUGGCCUCGGGGCCGCCCGGGGAGCGGCUGCGCGAGGAGGCGCGGUGCCCCGUGUGCCUGGAUUUCCUGCAGGAGCCGGUCAGCGUGGACUGCGGCCACAGCUUCUGCCUCAGGUGCAUCUCCGAGUUCUGCGAGAAGUCGGACAUCGCGCAGGGCGGUGUCUACGCCUGUCCGCAGUGCCGGGGCCCCUUCCGGCCCGCGGGCUUCCGCCCCAACCGGCAGCUGGCGGGCCUGGUGGAGAGCGUGCGGCGGCUGGGGCUGGGCGCGGGGCCCGGGGCGCGGCGGUGCGCGCGGCACGGCGAGGAGCUGAACCGCUUCUGCGAGGAGGACCAGGCGGCGCUGUGCUGGGUGUGCGACGCCGGCCCCGAGCACAGGACGCACCGCACGGCGCCGCUGCAGGAGGCCGCCGGCCGCUACCAGGUAAAGCUCCAGAUGGCUCUGGAACUUGUGAGGAAGGAGUUGGAGGAUGCCUUGACUCAGGAGGCCAAUGUGGGGAAAAAGACUGUCAUUUGGAAGGAGAAAGUGGAAAUGCAGAGGCAGCGCUUCAGGUUGGAGUUUGAGAAGCAUCGUGGCUUUCUGGCCCAGGAGGAGCAACUACAGCUAAGGCGGCUGGAGGCAGAGGAGCGAGCGACGCUGCAGAGACUGCGGGAGAGCAAGAGCCGGCUGGUCCAGCAGAGCAAGGCCCUGAAGGAGCUGGCAGAUGAGCUGCAGGAGAGGUGCCAGCGCCAGGCCCUGGGUCUGCUGGAGGAUGUGAGAGGAGUCCUGAGCAGAAGUAAGGCUGUCACAAGGCUGGAAGCAGAGAACAUCCCCAUGGAACUGAAGACAGCAUGCUGCAUCCCUGGGAGGAGGGAGCUGUUGAGGAAGUUCCAAGCUGCAGUAGAGAUGGAUGGAACCAAUGGCAGCACCCAAACCCAUUUCAUCCUGCUGGGAUUCUCUGACCGACCCCAUCUGGAGAGGAUCCUCCUUGUGGUCAUCCUGAUCGCGUACCUACUGACCCUCUUGGGCAACACCACCAUCAUCCUGGUGUCCCGGCUGGACCCCCACCUGCGCACCUCCAUGUACUUCUUCCUCACCCACCUCUCCUUCCUGGACCUCAGUUUCACCACCAGCUCCAUCCCCCAGCUGCUCUACAACCUUAAUGGACGUGACAAGACCAUCAGCUACACGGGCUGUGCCGUCCAGCUCUUCCUGUUCCUGGGUCUGGGUGGUGUGGAGUGCCUGCUCCUGGCCGUCAUGGCCUAUGACCGCUUUGUGGCUAUCUGCAAGCCCCUGCACUACAUGGUGAUCAUGAACCCCAGGCUCUGCCGGGCCUUGGUGUCAGUGGCCUGGGGCUGUGGGGUGGCCAACUCCUUGGCCAUGUCUCCCGUGACCCUGCACUUACCCCGCUGUGGGCGCCACGAGGUGGACCACUUCCUGUGUGAGAUGCCCGCCCUGAUCCGGACGGCCUGCGUCAGCACUGUGGCCGUCGAGGGCACCGUGUUUGUCCUGGCGGUGGGCGUUGUGCUGUCCCCCUUGGUGUUUAUCCUGCUCUCUUACAGCUACAUUGUGAGGGCUGUGUUACGAAUUCGGUCAGCAUCAGCAAGGCAGAAGGCCUUCAGCACCUGCGGCUCCCAUCUCACCGUGGUCUCCCUUUUUUAUGGAAACAUCAUCUACAUGUACAUGCAACCAGGAGCCAGCUCCUCCCAGGACCAGGGCAAGUUCCUCACGCUCUUCUACAACAUUGUCACCCCCCUCCUCAAUCCUCUCAUCUACACCCUCAGAAACAGAGAGGUGAAGGGGGCGCUGGGAAGGUUGCUUCUGGGGAAGAGAGAGCUAGGAAAGGAGUAAGGGCAUCUCCACCUGACUUCACCUCCAUCCGGAGCCACUGGCGGCAUCUGGAACGGCUGAAUUCCAGCUGGUAUUAGCUUGUGACUCCCAACUUGCCUUUUUCUGGACUUUUGUGAGGCUGUUUCAGUUCUGACAUUAUGUGCUUUUGCUGUUGCUUUUAAAAUUGAGACUCUGUCACCUAGGGAGGAGUGCAGUGGUGCCAUCAUGGCUCCUCCAACUCUUGGGCUUAAGCGAUCCUCCCCCGCCUCAGCCUUCCAAGUAACUGGGACUGCAGGUGCGCACCACUGACGGUGGGAAUUGUGGCUUUUCUAUUUUCUAUGGAGAUAGGGUCUAGCUGUGUUGCCCAGGCUGGUCCCAAACUCCUGGCCUCAUGUGAUCCUCCUGCCAUGGCCUCCUAAAGUUCUGGGAUUACAGGUGUGAGUCACUGCACCUGGCCAACAUUACGUGCUUUAUGUGUGAAUUGAAUAACACAAAUCAUCCCAAAAACCCAUCAUGAUCUGUAAAGCAGCUGCAAAGAACAAAGUGAGAUAAACCAUUGUAAAGAUGAGUUUCCACCAACUUAUACCAGAGUGCUAAGAGGAAAUAACUCUUCUCAAUCAGAGCUUUGCUUUGUUGUUAUUGUUUGCUUUAAAGUCUAACACACCUGACAUGUUUCAGUCAGAAUGACCCCAAAUGCAUCACUGUUCUCCAUGCCGUCCAAGUGUCUCUCUGUUUAGAGCCAUCAAAUUGUGGAAUUCAGCACAGUUUGAUAUUUUGUCUAUUCCCAAUUCCUACCCAAACCUUUUCAUGAAAUCGUCAAGUUUGUUGUACCCUUUAUCUAAAACUUUGGAAUUUUCCCCAAAAUCUGGUGUAAGAUUCUGCAUAAACCAAGAAGUGAACCUGUAAAUAAUGAUACAUGGGUCAUUUAAA